AUGUCAAAUCCAUUCCGCGCAAGAAACCUGGGCAUUCCCGCAGAUCCUCAGAAGACUGCCCCCAACCCCAACCCUCCCCAAUCCACCCCCACUAUAGCAAACGGCUACCCGGGGAAGUCAUCCAUAUCCCUCGAGCUGGAGGUAGACGAUUCCAGCUCGGACGAGAACCCAUUCAACCCAGAUCCUUCCGCCAGUGACAGCGAGGCCAGCGAACCCGCCUCACAGAGCUCAGCUCCUGGGGAUCGCCGUCAAUUCUUUGGGUCUGCUCCACUCCCUGCUCCAUCUGAUGAUGGACCCUCUACGCCAUCCUCCACGCAGCCAUCCAUAUCAGCAGACCGCUCCCAGCGCUCUCGUCGCUCCGAGGCUCAAUCCUCUCCCUCACCGGAAAGUAUCGUCCGGACGAGGGAGAAGAAGCCCCCGCCUCCGCCAAAGAGCCACCACGGGAAACGCAUCAGCCAUUCAGCUACAGCUACAGAGACGGCUGCAGCUGCCAGCGACGCCGAUACAGAUGCACACACGUACACUUCACAACCAGCCCCCCGCUCGAGAUCCUCCAACAGACUAUCCAUGCAUGGCGCCGUAUCAGAAAGGUUAACGCCCGGGUUAGCCCAUCCAAGCACGGUAUCCCUCCCCGCCGCAGCGGACUACUUUUCCGUAUCAGAGAACCAGGCCGCAAGAGCAUCAACAGACUCCCUGCAACGCAGCCACUCGCAGAAACGACCACCCACACCCCCUAUCAGCCGACGACACAGUCAAAUGCGGCGGUCGAAAUCCACUCAAUCGAAAUCCAGCCGCCUAACCAUGUCCUCGUACGACUCCGAGCGAGAUCCGGAGAGCAAUAGCUCUCUCCCUCCCAGCCCGGGGCCGGGCCUAAGCCCGAGCCUAGCGCGGUCUCUGUCCUCAAAGAGAAUCAGUAUGCCGCCGCCUACAUCCGCCGCUGAAUUCCAGGCUGCCAUUCCUACAGGCGGUGUCUCGCUCAAUCCACUAGGCUCGCCAGACUCUAGACCUCCUUCGUUGAAAGCUGGUCGCCGUGCUUCCUCUUAUGGAAGUGUUCCGUCGAAUUCUUCGUCCGGGCCUCCGCCGCCGCCACCACCGCCGAGGAGAAUGAGGGACUCGUUGCUGCGUAGUGGUGAUAGUCCGCCUGUGUCUAGGGUGCCAGAUGAUGAGAAUCAGCCUCUGCCGCGGCCUUCCAAUGCAUUGGAUAUCUUGGCUGAUUUGACCAAGCUGCAAAAGGAGGUCGAUGAUCUCAGGGGCCAUUAUGAGAAUCGUAAGGUUGAGUGA